GUCGUCUCUCCGUCGUCGUCGUCGUCGUCGUCGUCUCUCCGUCGUCGUCUUCGCCUCUCCGUUGAUCCGUCGUCGUCGUCUCUCCGUUUAUUUUAUCGUCGUCGUCGUUUCUCAAUUGAUCUGUCGUUUCUACGUCUAUUCAUCUCAUUCUCUCUCUCGUGUGUCUGAUUUGAUUAAGGUUUGAAUCAUUUCAUUUUGUUAUACAUUAUCUAGGUUUUGUUAUAUAUUAUUCAUUUGUUGAUGAUUUGAAGUUGAUUUUGUAGAACAAUGGAAGUUUUGUGCAUCUGUGGACAAUGGAUCUCAAAAGAAUCUCUCCAGUGGGAGUUUCUUGUUGAUUUGAAGAGGAAUGCAUCAAUCAUUUCCAUAGAAGAAGAUCUACUGUAUGAAGAUUUGAUGAAGAUUGUCUCUGAAGAUUUUAGUGUUAAAGAGGAAGAAAUCAGUUUGAGUUAUGGUUUUUCAUUGGAUAUGAAAUGUAUUAUUGAAAGUUUCCCCCCACUCUCGAUAGGUAAUACUCGUCAGCUCAGAACUUUCAUUUCCAAGACUAGAGCAUUUGAUGGAACCUGUCGUUUGUGUGUUAAGGUUAGUACUGAUCCAGUUAGCUGUAACACUCAAGCUUCUGAUACAUUUGCUUCUACUGUUCCAUUGAAUGCCAAUCCAGCGAUUCUUUCUACUGUGCAGAGUGAAAAACAGGUACAUUGUCCUUAAUUCCCUUUUUCUGUUUGUGUUUGCAUGAUAUGCUUCAUAAUCAAGUACUAUGCCUUACAAAACUACUUGACUUUUGCAGAGUCUUCUAUAUGAAGGUGUUUCUACAGUUCCUCUGAAUGCUCUUCCGGAUUUUAGUACUGAUUCAGCUAGCUGUAACAUUCAAGCUUCUGAUACAUUUGCUUCUACUGUUCCAUUGAAUGCCAAUCCAGUGAUUCUUCCUACUGUGCAGAGUGAAAAACAGGUACAUUGUCCCUAAUUCCCUUUUUCUGUUUGUGUUUGCAUGAUAUGCUUCAUAAUCAAGUAUUAUGCCUUACAGAACUACUUGACUUUUGCAGAGUUUUCUAUAUGAAGGUGUUUCUACAGUUCCUCUGAAUGCUCUUCCGGAUUUUAGCCCUGUCCAUAUUGGACUUUCACCAAACACGAGAGUAGCUGGCGAUAUUAAGGUGAAUAGCUAUUUUAAGACAAAGAGAGAGUUGAUGUUGAGGAUGAAGAAAUGGGCUUUAGAGUGGAAGUUUGAGUACAAGACUGUCUCUUCUAACAAGUCAAGAGUGCUUUUGAGUUGUGUUGAUGAAAAUUGCACGUGGAGGAUGCGUGCUAUCAAGCUACCUGUUUCAGAUUUUUUCGUUGUUAAAAAGUAUGUUCAUGAGCAUACAUGCGAUACAACACACAGGAAAGCCAACCACAGACAAGCAUCUGCAAAGUUGUUGGGUUCUUUGAUUUCCAGCAAUUAUGGAGAAAAAAAGGAAGGUCUCAAACCGAAACAGAUCAUUGAACAGGUCAGGAUGCUGCAUGGUGUUCACAUCAAUUACAAACAAGCUUGGAGAGUGAGAGAAGAAGCUCAGAUUUUGGUUAGAGGGACUCCUGAAGACAGCUAUUACAAUUUGUCUAGGUGGUUGUAUAAAAUCACAGAAACAAACCCUGGUUCCUUGACUUAUCAACAUGUUGAUGCUGCAGGAAAGUUCAAGUAUGCAUUUGUGGCUUUUGGUCCAUCGAUAAGGGGAUUUUCAUUGAUGAGGAGAGUUAUUGCAGUAGAUGGUACAUUUCUGAAGGGAAAAUUCAAUGGGACUUUAUUGGCAGCUUGUGCUCAAGAUGGGAAUUAUCAUCUAUAUCCUCUCGCCUUUGCAGUGGUUGACGCAGAAAACGGCGCCUCUUGGAAAUGGUUCUUUAGAGGUUUGAGCCAGAAGAUCCCGGACGCUUCGGAUCUUGUUUUUGUAUCAGACAGGGCUAACUCCAUUUCUUCAGCGUUGGAGGAUGUAUAUCCCUUAUCUCACCAUGGAAUUUGCAGGAUCCAUCUGCUCCGCAACAUCACUCCUACAUAUGCGAAGACUGGGUUGCUACCUCUGGUGGAAAGCGCUGCUGAUGCCUAUACGUGUCACGAGUUCUGGUUAAUCUUCAAGGACAUAAAGGAUAAAUGUCCUGAAUUGGCUAAGUAUCUGGAAGAGUCUGAUUUUAGGAAGUGGGCACGAAGCUAUGCGCCUGCGAACAGGUAUAAUAUCAUGACUACCAACAUUGCAGAGUCUCUCAAUUCUAUGUUGAAGAUGCCUCGUGAGUUGCCCAUUAUCUCUCUCCUUGAAACUAUCAGAUUGACGAUGACCACUUGGUUUUUUGAGCGACGCGAAGCGGCUGCGAAACAUAAGCACCUGGUUACUCCAAAAGUUGUUCAGAAAUUGGUAUCUAGGUUAGGGGCCGCAAUGUUGUUGAAUGUGUAUCAAGUUGAUCGAAGCGAGUUUGAGGUGAAGAAUGAAACAAUGAAGUUUGUUGUUGACUUGGAGAAGCGGCAUUGCACAUGUAAUGUUUUCGACAUUGACAAGAUCCCCUGCAUCCAUGCCAUCGCUGCUGCUAAGCAUAUCAAGAGAGAUGAAAACCGUUUUGUUGAUGCUUCUCACUUGACAGAAACGUGGGCUAAAGCUUAUGCUGAAAGCAUACAUCCUGGUGGAGAGUUGUCAACGUCCACCUAUCCAGAGAAUAUUGAUGAACUGUCUUGCCCACCUCCAGCUACCAAAAAGAAAAGUGGACGCCCUCCUACAAAGAGAAAGAGAUCCGUUGGCGAGUUUGGGGUUCCUGGAUCUAAAUCUCAGUCCCACAAGUGCAGCAGAUGUGGCACAGGAGGGCACAACAAGAUCACAUGCCAGAGGCCUAUAGGAUGA